UAUAAAAGAAGCAAACAACUUGUGACCAAAGACCUUAAAUCGCUCGUGAAAUUGAAACGUAAGGUAACAUACAAAAAGCCAACUACAUGUUCCAUUAACUAUAGAGACAAAAGGAAGAACGUUUACAACGAUGCCAAUAUUCCCAUGAUAUAUUUUGUGACCCCAACGUAUCCUCGACCGGAACAAACUCCUGAACUGAUCAGACAGGCUCAUACCUUGAUGCAUGUACCAAGAAUCCAUUGGAUUGUAGCUGACGAUAAAUAUAAAUGUUCUAGACAUGUGCUUGGUAUACUGAGGCGUUCAGGUCUCCCAUACACACACAUAGCAAGCCCAAAACCAAACAUGAAGAAGGUUCCCGAAUGGCUGGUCCCUCGCGGCGUAUCGAACCGCAGAGCAGCCCUUGAUUGGAUCAGGCAAUUUGUGACAGAAGGAGUAAUAUAUUUUGGGGAUGAUGACAACACCGUCGACUUGGAGUUGUUUGACGAGAUCAGAACGACAAAAGGACUAUCUAUGUUCCCAGUUGGUCUCAUAAAGGAAUACGGCGUAUCCUCGCCUGUAGUAAGGGAUGGAAAAGUGGUUGGUUUCUUUGAAUCUUGGACUUACAACAGGAAAUUUCCAGUGGACAUGGCGGGAUUUGCCUUGAAUGUUAAAAGUUUGAACCCUACAGCAACAAUGCCGUACAAAGUAGGCUUCAUAGAGAAUGAGUUCCUUAAAGAAUCAGGAUUUGAUAUUGAAAACAUAGAACCUUUGGCGAAUAAUUGUACGAAAGUGCUCGUCUGGCACACUAAGACGGAGAAGAAUACGCCACGGAUUCUGAAAGGAAAUCUUAAAGCUAUGGCGAAUUCAAGAUAUCAAAAUCUCGGGAAGUUACUACAAGAAUUGCAAAAAAUGGACGUAUUAAAGGUUACUCCUAGAAACGGGACCGAAGCUGCCGUAAAGCUGUAUCAUCGUGACCGGAAAAGUUUUCUAUUUUUAGCUGACAUGGUGUAG